GAAGUUCCUUUGUGAAGAAGUGUCUAACAUCACCAACAUGCGACUGGGUGAUGGUUGGGAGGACAUUCUGCCGUCGUCCUACAAAAAGAAACACAACAUCUUCUUCCUGUGUGGCGACUACGUGGGACCGGCCGUGAUCUCCCCGAAGCACGACAGCCUCAGCGUCAACUGGUGCCUCGGGGACAAGGAUGUUGAAGUUCUGGACAGCAGCGAUGGCCGCAUCGUUGAUGGUUCUCCUUCUGUGAGUGGACCCGACUUCUCCAGCAGACUUUGCAAGAGGGCGCUCUACAGUUACUUCCUCCGAGCUGCAGAGAUCAGCGGGAAGAGCUACCUGCUGAGUCUUCCCGCCUACCACAGCGUCAAGAUGGAAGCCGUCGCCUACCAGAGUGUCAAAGAUCUGGUCAAGGAGCAGUUUCUGAGUAACCAUGCAGGUCCCUGGAAUUCAAAAAGGCUGGUGGACUGCUUCAGCGUUUGAAUGUGCUCCCGCCGAGAAACAGGCCACGCAAAAGUUCAAGUUCCUCUUGAGAUUUAGUUUACUUCUGUUUGCUGUGCUCUUCGUUCAAUACCUUUUUUUAACAGAAAUUUAAAAAAAAAAGUGUUUUACAUAACAUAUUUUAGUUUUCUGUUUGUGUAGGUGUUUGAAAAAAAUAAACGAGACCCUACUGUUCUGCAACACAGUGAAGUAUUUGUUAGCUUGAAAGAGUUGUGAGUGGAAAAACAUGACUUAUGGGAACAGUAAGCCACUGAAGUAGAAUGGAGGAACAUUAUUACCCAUUAUCACAUUUGUAGCCAAAAUGUUUUACUGAUUGACAAAAAGAUGUUUUGAGUUGAUAAAAAUAAAAAUAAUUCUACCCAUGCCUUGUA